AAUAUCGAAGCCAGCUCAAUCAAAAAGUUCGAUGUAGAGGCUGGAAUCACGGCCAAUGACAUACAGUCAGCCGAAAGAGCCUUACUUCAACAGAUCCAUAAAGGAAUAGAUUGUGAUGAGCUUCAGAAACGAUUCCACCAUCAAAAAAUCACGCGAGAUUCCGAAGGAAUUAUAAGGCAUGCACCUAUUGAGAAAAUCAAAGAUAUUCCUCGAGUGACUCUAGAAAGGCAGUCAAAAAAUAGAGCUUACGAAGUUAUUCGUGACUUUGAGAAUAACCUCGAAGAUACUCAAAAUACGGUAGUUUCAUCCGAAGCAAACGUAAUCGAUCAUGCGAUCAGCCCCAUUCACAAGACUCGGUUGACCCAAAGGCGACCAGUCACUAAUAACUCGGUACUAUUGCCGAUAGCAGUGUUCAUGGCUAUAAUAAACUUAGCAUCGGCACAUACUAUGCCCAUCAAAUGUUACGAUGGACAGGUCAUAAUUCAGCCACCGAACAACACAUUCAAUCUAUGUUUUAAUAGAGAAUGUAGAACAUUCACAAACACAAGGGAGGAAAUGAGAUUCAACUUACCCGUAUCACCAGUCAAUGCUAAAGUAAAUGUGAAAUUGAGUGAUACCACUUUCUCACAAUCGAUAUCAUGCGAUCCUCCCGAAUUCUGCCUGCAAUCAAGCAGGAUUCUCUCAAAAUCAUUGCUGGGGAACCCACAUUGUUGGCCGGUCGGUGCUAUAGUGUCGGUAGCGAUAAUAUUGUUUAUCAUAAUUGUUACAAUUAUGAUCAUUUAUUGGACACUUAAUUUUGUAACCCGGUCUAAGAGUCGGUGUGAACCAACAGGAAUGGGCAAAAGAUCAGCGGAAUCACGCGAAAUAGAAAUGAAUGUAAUCCAUUCGUAUCGACCUGCACCUCUUAGCGGUCGUAUCCCAAUGGUAGCAUGCGUGCUGUUUAUGAUAAUCAGCUUAGGUAAUUCUUGUCAACAUGGAUUGUCCAGACAUCAUACUGAACUUGUUUGUAAUCAGGAUGGAAAAUGCUCCUACGAAAUAGGGCGUGAAAUUCUGUUUAACAGGUUACAAAGGAAACAUUGCAUCGAAAUACACCUUCGAAACCGCACGGUUGGUAUGCUAAGCAUAGAGGUAAAAGCUGUGCACUUCACCUGCGUGAAAACAUCAAAGUUUUUCACGAAGAAUACGCAACAUAAGAUAUUCUAUUCCCACCGUUGUUCAGGGAUGGGAUCAUGUAUAGCGAGGAAAUGCGACUUACUACAACCUAAUGAAACAGUCCCAGAACUACGUAGAUCAAGACCUUACCCAGGCUACUCUGCCUGUGAUCAUUCAAGUGGAGGAAUACUCUCUGGAUGUCUUUUACCGACACCCUCUUGCGUGUUCUAUAGAGUCGCCCAUAUCCCGAUCACUAAAGAUGUGUAUGAGGUAUUCGAAUGUCAAGAUUGGUCUCCAUCCAUACACUUGGAGAUAUUAGGCAACAUCUUUGGUAAAACGACUCAAGAGCGUUACAACAUACUGCCGUAUCAAGGCGACAGACGUGAAGAUUAUGAAUGUCACGGCAGUCACAGUGCAGAUGCCCUCACACUCGCCAAUGAA